GAAAUGAAUAUGAGAAUGUGCAUCAAAACAAAAAGUGAUGUCCUUAUGCGAAGGAAAUUGUGAUUCCGGACUUGCAACAUGAAACCAGUAGGUAAUUACUCUUCUGGUGCGUUUUCAAAUGCAAAUAGGUUAUCGAAAGUGUUUUAUCCUUGGCGUUGGCGGGACAGACGACAACUUGGCUUUCCAAAUAUACCUGGAGAAUCGAACCGAGUGACAGCUGGGUUAUAUUCGUCCAUCAAACCUUUGCACACUUGGGAGUCGUCAGACAGUUCUCUCAACACUCACCACGGUGGCAUAUUCAACUUUGACUUUUCUCCUGAUGGAUCUGUACUUGCAGCAGCUUGCGAGGGGAAAAGCAUCCUGUUGUUUGAUCCCUUCAAUGGAAAAUUGGCUGGCCACAAAGAAAAGGCUCACCUUGACUGUGUCAACUGUGUUAAGUUCCUGGAUACCAGAGUUUUAGCAACUUGUUCUGAUGACAGCACCAUAGCCCUGUGGGAUACCCGCUACCUGAAAUACAAACUGCAGAAUCUUAAUGGUCACUCAAGUUGGGUAAAAAAUGUGGAGUAUGCCAGCAAUAAGGAUCUUCUGCUAUCUUCAGGAUUUGAUGGCAGUAUCUUCACCUGGGAUAUCAAUAGUUACUCUGAAGAUGGAACUAAAGGAAAGAAAGUGUUUACUUAUAAACCGCUGAUGAGGUCAAAGUUGAGCCCAGAUGGAACAAAACUAUUUGUGUCAACUGACAAUGGAAACAUACUUUUAAUUCAUAACCUUGACCUUUCAACUUUAGCGGAAGACCUUGUUAUAUUUUCUCCAUACCAGUUUAGACAGCUGAUAGAGAAUCAUGCAGCAGCAGGGUUGGAUAAAAAACGAAACAGGGUCGAGGUGAUCAAUGAUUGGCCAAUGGGAAACAAGGCCAGUGUAAUCGCAUCAUUACAGGUGCAUCCACAAGGUUGGUGUGUACUUUCCAGGAAUACAAGCCGGGACAGAAAUUCAGAGUGGACUUGCAUACAUGAUGUUCAGGAUACAAAAGAGGAUCCAGAAGAUUCUAGUGCCAAAGAUCCAACUGAUACUCAAAAAAAUUGUCGUUCACCUAGUUCAUCCCUGUCACCAGUACGACCUCGAUCGCCCAGGGUGAGGUCUUCAAACCAUCCUGCAACAGCCAACCUCCAAAGGCGUCGGAUGCUGGAGUACGAGUCAGAUCACUCAUUAGACGAUGUUCCAGUGAGGACUCAUCUACACAUUACAAAUUCCGGCUCUAGGAAUUCUGUAAACAUUUCAGGGACAAGAAUUUCCGCCCACAUUUCCACGCCAAAUUUAUCAAAUUCCAGGCUAAUAUCAAAUCUUUCACAGAACACAGAGUCUCCAGGCUCACCAGUAUCUGACACGGACAGUGACGUUGGAGACACAGUAGUUAUCCGGAUGGACGGGGAAAGGGAUGGACCGCAGUCUGAGGAUGGGGAAGCUUCUGAUCCUGACAUAGAGGAAAAUGGCCGUUUAAGUGAUUCUGUGAAUACAGACAGUCCAGAUGAAUUAGAAGCAAGACGAGCCAUUAGUGAUAUUCUUACCAUUGUAUUUGGUUCAGGUUCGAGAAGACAAGUAUUCCAGUUCAAUCAAAAUGACAGCGUUCAUGAUGUGAUGGAGGAAGAAAGCCAGUUACAAUUUCCAAGUAAAAAACGGCUCUUAUAUUAUGCAGAUGAACCAAAUGUUGGACGCGGUUUCAUUAAGGAGUUGUGUUUUAGUUCUGAUGGACAAAUGGUGUGUUCCCCAUUUGGAUUUGGUGUUCGGCUUCUAGCUUUUGACUCCCAGUGCAGCGAGUUAUGUGAGGUGGUACCACAGGCUCCAGUAAAACUUUAUGAACUAGGCUCCAGUAUUUCCCACACCAAUAAUGUCUUAACAUGUAAAUUCUCGCCCACCCACCCCCUGCUGGUCACGGGGUGCCUCAGUGGUAGAGUCGUGUUUCACCAACCUGUAUUAUAAUCUGCAGAAUAUUUUAUUUUCUUCUUUAUCUGUAAUAAGCUCAAAGUGUCUGUAAGAAUUUCUGUCUGUAUGUGAUCACUCUAAGAAUACAUGUUUAUGCUAUGAAGAUUUUGUUACUGGUAGGGAAAUUUUGGGUAGGGAGAUUUUUCAAUUUUAAGCAUUCUUUCACCAGUAACUGGAAUCUGCAUAUUGAAAUUUGCUUUUAAUAAUGCUACAUCACUAACAUUGUAUAAACUGAUUGUCACAAAAAUGAAGGAAAUGGCACCCAUGGCACAGAUACAUAUCUUAUUACCAGUAACAUCAACAAAUGGAAGAAAAAAAUCCCAAAAUGAUCGCUUAUCAGACCGAAAGUUUGUGGAUUAUGGCAAUAUCCCACUCGAGAUCGUCAAUCACUACUUCAAACUAAUUUUUUGUAUCAAGACUAUCCCUGCGUUACAGACAUGGUGUAGACAAUGUGUGAUCUACGUUUAUUCAUAUUAAAGGGACAAAUCGUUUCGUCCAUAUCAUGCAUGAUAACUAUAACUUACUUGCUACAUCUCAGACAGAGUAUACACUGCUUGUAACAAAAAUCAGCUAGGUUUAGAAUCUAAUUAACACAAACAGAUGAAAAAUUGUAAUAACAGCGCCCUAAAAAUGAUCGAUUAUAAGACCAACAGUUUCAUGUCAAACAUACUAGUAGUGGCAGAUUACAAUGUAAUUUUUUUUGGGUGAAAUAAAUUAUUUUAACAUUUUAAAGUUAAAAAUCAAACAGAAGCUAAAACGUUUGGAGGAUAAUAAUGGUUCAUGCUUGGUUGUUACAAGUAAUCAACUGACUUUAAGUAAUAUAGCUACAUCUUUAAAGACAUUUUAACAUUGUGCAUGCAUGAUAUACAGGUUUUAUUUUUUAAUGGACUUUUAUGAAACUUAAUAUAGGGUAGAUAUAUUUUGGACAAGUUAUUGCCUUUUAGUAAUUUUACCUUGUUAUGAGCAUCAUGCAAUGUUGGCAUGAAUAUUUAGAAAAGGAUUCUCAUUUUCAUUAGAGUUUAUGCACUGGUUGGAAAUUGAUUUGUGGAGAGCAUGUUAUUUUAUCAUUCAUUUUAAGCCAGAUUUGAUACAGAUAUCUAAAAAAAUAUUAAAACAUUUCCGUCUGCUAUGACUAAUACAGUAAACAAAUAUACUUAUUAGUCCCCACCAUUUCUGGGCAGGAGCUGUAGAGGAAUUUGUUUGGUUUUGUGUGUUGUGUGACUGUGUCUAUCUGUCCUUCCAUCACUCCUUCCUUCCAUCUCUCCAUCCUUCCACAAUAUCUCCAGUCCCAGAUCCAUUUCCUACACAUGUACAUGUUACUGGAACUUUGUUUGUGGUACACAGUUGACCAAGGUAAGGUGGUAUGUCAUGUAUUCACUCACUCUGACCUAUAUUUUGACCUUUGACCUACACCAAAGAAAAUAAAAGUCAUUCCUGGCAUUUAAUUUCACAUUUGUGGGGGGCUGUUAUUUGUCUAAUGGUCUUGUUUUUAUUGGAGUUAUUGCCCUUUUAUAUCCCUUUGCACGGCAUGGAAUGUGUCUCCUGUCACAUAAACACUUAAUUAUUUUUUGAUAUUUUAAAGUGAAUUCUUCCAUUUAAUUCUCUUGCACAGAUUGGUACAUUUCUGUCUCAAUGAGAAAUCAGAUUCAGUUGCUUUGGUAAAAAUUGUGAUAUAUUAGUUUUAUCAAUUACCAAUUGCAAUGAGAUCUGUACAUGUUCGUACAUUCACAGUGUUCCAAACCAUAAUGAAACACAAUGCAGAAUAUAAGUUAACUUAGACUUUUUUCUACUGCAGAGUCAAUUUUAUCUAAUAAAAAGCAUAUAACAUGUAUUUCCAGUCAUAGGGACUUAGCACAAAUUCCCAAACCCACUGUACAACUUUGUCUAAUUUAAUAUAAGGAUACAUGGACCAUAGUGUUGAAAGUUUGUCAAAUCCCUGUGUAUCCACUUUUAAAACAUUGAUUUCUUUAUUUACGAGUUAUGGAAACAUUGAAAAACAAAGAAUUGAUAAUUUGAUGAACAACUCUGCAUGCUAUGGUUAUACCUGUCUGGUAUAUAUAAACAUCCAAAUUUUUUGUAAAAGUGAAAGUUGAUGACAGGCUUUUGCUCCAUUCUUCAUAGAUAAGUACAAUGGUCAAAAGUAGAAAGUGCCUGUGUUGGAAGUUGUCAUUGUCCAAGCCGUCCACAUAUGCUUCACCUAUCAUACAUACUUUUUUGAAAAAUUACUCUGCAAUUUUUCUUUGACAAUAUUUGAUGUCUGUAUUGUACAACAAUCUACCUUUUGUCAGCAGUAUUUGUGGGACAGACACACUGGUAGGCACCAGGCUAUCUCUAUAAACAGUUACACAACAAUGGCUGUCUAGCUUGUUUUACAUCAGACAUUACAAAUACAUUGUAUAUAUAUUUUCAAAAAAAUUGACAUAAUUGUGAUGUUUUGUCUUAUUAAAGCUGCAAUUUUUCAGGGUAUUUUAUAUGUACUGUUUCAUAUUCGCAUUAACACAUUAUACAUUUUUUUCUGAUUUUCAAAUCUAGCAAUAUACAUGUAAUUGAUUGAAUGUAGCUGCUGCUUAUAAAAUUAAGUCAUCCUCGUUUUGGAUAAUCAGCUUCUAAUGCUGGUUUUGGCUAUUAAUUUAAUUUCUGUUUUGAUAUGGAAUUUUGUUGGUACUUCUGCUUCACAUUCAACAUUGCAAUUUCAGAAAGGGCGACUUCAAUAAAACAAUGUAAAAAUGAAA